AUGACUCGACAAGGAGCGCACUCAGGUACGAAGCGGCGUGCUGACCUCGUCGAUACGCAACCAGAUAGCGGCGUCAAACGAGCAAGACCAAACAGCAUCAUGGACUACAUGAAGAAGCCGAAACCUCAACAUCAAGCACGUAAAGAUCAGGAACCAUCCAAGGAAGCUGUGCUUUCAGAAUCUACGAGUCAUGAACAGAAAGAGACCUCCGCAACAGAGAAUGACGGAGUCUCCGAGCCACAAGCAAACAACCAACCCAAGAACACCUCCAGCGCCACGGAGACUGAAGAUACUCCAGGCAUCCAAUUACGACUAAUUGAAUCCAUCGGAGACAUCUUCGACGCCCCUCCAAACAGCCUCAUCAUCCACGCUUGCAACUGCGAGGGCUCUUGGGGAGCAGGCAUCGCCGCAGCAUUCAAGAAUCACUACGCGGGCGCCUACAAGGUAUACGCAGCGCACUGCAAACAGAACGGCCACGACCUGUUCCGGAAAGCCCUACUCAUCCCACCACAAAAGCUCGAUAAGAAGAAGCAGCACUUCGUCGGGUGCCUGUUCACUUCUCGGUCCAAGGGGAAGAAGAAAGACUCCCCAUCCGCCAUUCUCCAGGCGACAAAGCCGGCCAUGGAAGAUCUUCUACGCCAAGUGCAGGAUUGGAACGCGGAACAUGCCGAUGGAGAUGCUGUAGGCGAAGUUCGCAUUUGUAAGAUCAAUUCGGGUUUGUUUGCUGUACCAUGGGAGGAGACGAAGGAGGUGAUGGAAAGUCUUGAUGUGGAGAACCAUAGCAUCAAGGAGGUGAAGGUUAUCUCGAGGGAAGAGUAA